AUGAAGUUUAUCAGCUCAGACAGUAUUGAGGAUACCAAUAAUCUCAUAUAUGCUGGAGCAGUUCUGGUAACAGAGAGCUUAGGUGUAAGAAAACAGGAGAACACAAGGAAGCACUGCCUACCACCAUGGAAAAGGAGACUUGAUAAUCAGAUAAAGGGAUGGAGGACAGACCUAUCAAGACUGACAGAGAUAAACCUUGGCAAAGCAGAUAUCAAUGAUUUUAAGUACCUUGAGGAGAAGUACAGUAUUAGAAGGAAAGGAAGGAAGAUCGUCGUGGAGGAACUAAAACAAAGAAUAGCAAGCACUACAGCAAAAGUAAAGAGGUACACCGAUCGAGUGUCACAGUAUAGACAGAAUUCCUUGUUUGAGAACAACCAGAAGAGGUUCUACCAAGAAAUAAAUGGAAAGAUUAAAGACGAAGUUCCACCACCAGAUCCAGCUGCAGCACUUGCCUUCUGGAGCAACAUUUGGAGCCAACCACACAAUCACAACCAAGAAGCUAUGUGGUUGAAAACAACGAAAGAGGAAUGUGCAACUAUAGUUGCACAGGAUGAUCUGACGAUCAACAAAAGCAAGCUAGAAAAGAUCAUUCGGAAAAUGGCGCCAUGGAAAGCUGCCGGUCCAGACGGUGUGCAAGCUUUCUGGGUUAAAAGGUUCACAAAUCUUCAUGAAAGGCUGAGCAUGCAGAUGAACGAGAUUGUCAUGAAUGGUAACCCCCCUGAUUGGAUGACAAAAGGAAGAACGGUUCUCAUCCCAAAGGAUCCUACCAAAGGCAACAUUCCGUCAAACUACCGUCCAAUUACCUGCUUGCCGAUUCUCUGGAAGUUACUGACUGGCCUAAUAUCAGAAGAAAUAUAUCAACACCUGGACCAUCAAGACAUACUACCAUGGGAACAGAAGGGAUGUAGAAAAGGAAGUAGAGGAACAAAAGAACAACUAUGCAUCGACAAAGGAAUUAUGAAAGACAGCAAGAAAAGAAAAAACGAACCUCGCAAUGGCAUGAAUUGA